AUGUCUGAUGAUAAUGCAGAUAUUACUAUAUGUUAUGACGCACUUGAAUAUAUUCUAUCAGAAACACAUCAAUAUAGUUCAAGUUUAAAAUGGUAUGAAAAAUCACUUGUAAUUAAAAAGAAAUUAUUUGAUCCCAAUGAUCUACAUAUAGUAUCUAGGCAUAAUUCAAUUGCUUCACUGCAUCUUACUAAUAAUGAUUAUAAUCGAGCAUUAGAAUCUUAUGAAAAAGCAUUUCAAAUUCUUCAACGAAAAUAUGGCGAUGAUCAUCCACGUCUAGCAGAAUGCUAUAAUAAUAUGGCAAUGGUUCGUAAAAAUCAACAACAAUAUCAAGAAGCUCUUAAUUUAUAUAAAAAAGCAUUAUCUAGUUAUGAAAAACAUAAUGUUGAUAAUAAUAUUAAUUUAGCUUUGUCUUAUAAUAAUGUUAGUUUAGUUUAUCAUCAUCUAACUGAAUAUGAUCUUGCAUUAGAAUAUUGUAAUCGAUUAUUAAAAACUUAUGAAAGUAUUCUUCCACUUAAACAUUCACUUAUGUCAAUAACAUUGGAAAAUAUUGCAAAUAUUUAUUACGAUAAAGGAGAUUUUCGUCAAGCACUUAAAUAUUAUGAGAAAGCAGCUAAGAUUUAUUAUCAUGUUUUACAAAUUCGAAUGAUUAUUAAAAAUAUUCAAGCAAAAAUCUAA